GCUAAUUGGUCGGAUUGGGCAUGCCCUAAACUUGACGUCUCUACUUGAUAUACGGCAUAAUGUCAUCAAAGCACCAAUAUCCCACGGAAUACCUCAAAACCCGCCAACAGCUAUUCCAAGAAAACGGCACGGCUGUCCGCCAAUUACCCCUCCGAUUAUUGACGAGCACAAUCAGACAACAUGGUCUUUCGCGGUUAUACACCGGAAGCUUAGCCUUUUGCGCCUCCAUCGCAUCCAAAUCUGGCGUUCGAUUCGUCACCUUCGACACCGUCUCGCGCUUCAUGCCCACUGAAACCGUCGCUGGGAAAACGAAGACAACGCUUCUAGGUAAUUUAGGAGCCGGGCUGCUGGCAGGUAUUGCAGAAAGUGUACUCGUCGUCACACCCGGCGAGACACUGAAGACCAAGAUCAUCGAUGACCAGGCCGGGCCGCGAGUGUACCGUUCUGCCACUCAUGCAAUUCGGACCUGUCUGCCGCAAGAGGGUGUAUCUGGGCUAUACCGCGGUGUGGUGCCAGUGACGCUGAAGCAAUCGGCGAAUGCAAUGUCCAUGAACACGUUUGUUGCGGGUGCAUUGGCAGGUGUGGUGACGGUUUAUGCGACUAUGCCAUUCGAUACGAUCAAGACCCGAUUGCAAGCUCUUGGCGGUCAUCAGCGGUACCGUGGUUCCUGGGACCGUUUGCGGACCGUGGUUCGGGGUGAGAGCGUUUUUGCUCUUUGGCGAGGGACGACGCCUCGUUUGGCGAGGUUGAGUGUUUCUGGUGCUGUUAGUUUCACUAUUUAUGAGCAUGUUGUUCAGUGGACGGAGAUGUUGCGCUUGGGGCAUGGGAGGGCCGAGAUGUCUUAUUAA